AAUAUUCGCGUAAAAAAAUCUCAGCGCAAUCGCAUUUUCCAGCUUUUGUAUAACCAACAAAAUUGCAUAGCAAAAAAGCAGUUAGAACAGCAACAGCAAGCAGAGAGCCACGAGAAGUGGAUAGAUGCUGAUUCAAAAUAUACACAACGCUUGACUUUGACGUUUCGGACACGUGUGUUUACUUCUAAACAAUACCAUCAAAACCUUACUUUUGGACAAUUACUGUAAGCAUGAGCAUGGAAGUUGAUCCGAUAAUUCCUGAAACGAUUCAGGCGCGAUUUGUUUCGGAAAGUGGUGAAGAAGCUGGGCCACCAUUGGAUUUACCGACAUCAGUGAAUAUCUCACAGUUGGGCCGAAUAUGCAAUGCCAUUCUCCAAAAUGAGGACCCAUUGAAUUAUUUAUUUUUCAUAAACGACAAAGAAGUUGCAAAUUCGUUGGAGAAAACAUUGGAUUUCAAAACCUUUGAUCAUGAAGCUGUUGUCAAUAUUGUUUAUCAGCCGCAAGCGGAAUUCGUUGUGAGAACUGUAACACGAUGUACGUCAUCGAUGCCGGGUCAUGCCGAAGCGGUUGUAUCCAUUCAAUUCAGCCCAGACGGAAGACAAUUAGCUAGUGGUUCGGGUGAUACAACGAUUCGACUGUGGGACUUGACGACUGAAACACCUCUUUAUACAUGCACCGGGCACAAACAAUGGGUUUUAUGUGUAUCUUGGUCACCAGAUGGAAAGAAAUUGGCAAGCUCCUGUAAAAAUGGUGAAAUUCGAAUAUGGGAUCCUGAAACGGGCAAACAAGUCGGCAAACCAAUGUCUGGUCACAAAAAAUGGAUCAAUUGCUUGAGCUGGGAACCAUACCAUUUGAGUGCGUCAUGUCGGCGUAUUGCUAGCGCUGGCUGUGAUGGUGAUAUUCGCAUCUGGGAUGUACUCUUGUCGCAGUGCAUUCGGAUUUUAACCAGUCAUACGAACUCCGUAACGUCUGUUCGAUGGGGCGGUUUAGGUUUGCUUUACACCUCGUCCAAAGACAGAACCAUCAAAAUGUGGAGAGCCGAAGAUGGUGCACUGUGCCGAACAAUGACCGGUCAUGCUCAUUGGGUUAACAACCUAACGCUGAACACAGAUUACGUACUACGUGCCGGACCAUUCUAUUUGGGUGUUCAUGAUGAUGAUAAAAUUUCGAAAGCAAGACAAAAAAAUAAGAAAACCGCACUCGAACGAUACAAAGAAGUGUGCCCGAAUGAUGUUGAAUCACUUGUCUCCUGCUCAGAUGAUUUCACUCUUUAUCUGUGGAAUUCCGACAAAUCCAAGUUCAUCACUCGGAUGACCGGCCAUCAAAAUGUUGUUAAUGACGUGAAAUAUUCACCAGAUGUCAAACUAAUUGCUUCAGCUUCAUUCGAUAAAUCAGUACGUUUGUGGCGUGCCUCAGAUGGUCAAUUCAUCUGUACAUUCCGUGGUCAUGUGCAGGCUGUUUACUCAGUGGCCUGGUCAGCAGAUUCCCGUUUAUUGGUUACAGGAAGCAAAGAUUCAACGUUGAAAGUCUGGAGUGUCAAAGAUAAGAAACUGAAACAAGAAUUGCCCGGACACGCUGAUGAGGUGUUCGCACUGGAUUGGGCUCUGGAUGGAAGCCGAGUUGCAUCAGGUGGAAAAGAUAAAGUCGUGAAAAUCUGGGCUUACUAACAAAAUAUAAUGUAUUUGUUUACUGAUUUUGAAAUAAAUCGCACGUUUAUCUUCAGAAACAA